CCGGGGCCGGGGGCCGGCACAGCCGGGCAGAGGCUCGCACAGCCGCGCGGGGCGCCCGUCGCCAUGGCAGCGCUUGCUCCGGCGAGAGUGAACCUCAUGGCCUGAAUCUCCAAGGGAACCUUUGAAAAAGGACCUUCCCCUCCCCACCAUCUCCUUACUGUUUGCUAGCUCUGCCCUGCACUGAGUAGGAAAGCUUGAAAGAGCAGGCUGCGCCCUGGAGGGCAGCAAAAAGGACAAUAUAGUGAGAGUGCCGUUAGGUCUUGGGCAGGGAAUCCUCUGAAUCUCAUUCCUCACCCUUCACUCCCUGCUGACGGCUCUCUGACAGCCUCAGCAGGAACCUCUACCCAGCCACGAGUGUGGCAUUUGGCAAGAGUGGGGUUAGCCACAGAGCCAUCGUCCUGCCUCUCGUCUCCUCUGAAACUCUUGGCAAGCUCCUCAUUCCUUGGGACGCUGGGCAGCAGGCUACUGCUGCUGCCAAGUUAUUUGGAGUCGCCAGCAGUCCCUGUGUGCAUGUGGCCUUCACCGAUCCCAGCAGAAGGUGGUGCCUGAGAGAGAAGGUGCCUGCUGGGCACAAGAAGUAAGGAAAGCUUUUUUUUUUUUUUUGGAAAGAGUGGAGGAAGGGGAAUGAAAUAGAUGGGGAGGAAAAAAAAAGGUGAGCCCAAGCAAGUGAGGGAAGAAGCACUGGUGAGUGUUCAUGAGAAAGAAGGAGAGAGAAGGUGGAAGAAAGAAAAACAAAGAGAACGAGGGAAAAGACAGUUGGAAAAGUUUGAACAAGGUAAAGAAAUAUAAGCAAACAGAAGGGAAAGGGAGACAGAGUGGCUGACUGUUCCACACAGCCGCUGGUGGCAAUGCCUUGAGGAAUCCCCCGGCGUGCAUGCGCCUUGCAUCGUGGCAGCGGCAGUAGAUGAGGAGGGACGUGGCUCCCACCCCCAGUGCAGAGCCCCACUCGCCCUCUUACAGAAUCCCAGCAGCCUCACAGGUGUGGCAGCAUGGGGGACUCUGAAUCAGAGUCCACCUUGCACAACAACUCACUGUGGUGGCUGGCAUGCGGGAUGUUAGCCCUGUUGGCCAACUCUUGGAUCAUUCUCAGCAUCACAGCCAAACAACAGAAACACAAGCCCCUGGAGCUGCUGCUGUGCUUCCUCGCUGGGACCCACAUCCUCAUGGCAGCGGUACCCCUCACCACCUACGCUGUGGUGCAGCUGCGGCGUGAGUCCUCUGACUAUGACUGGAACGAAAGCAUCUGCAAGGUCUUUGUCUCCACAUACUACACCCUGGCGCUGGCCACCUGCUUCACGGUGGCCUCCCUCUCCUACCACCGGAUGUGGAUGGUGAGAUGGCCAGUCAACUACCGGCUGAGCAACGCCAAGAAGCAGGCUCUGCAUGCAGUGAUGGGCAUCUGGAUGGUGUCCUUCAUCCUCUCCACCCUGCCUUCCAUCGGCUGGCACAACAACGGCGAGCGCUACUACGCCCGUGGCUGCCAGUUUAUUGUCAGCAAGAUCGGGCUGGGCUUUGGCGUCUGCUUUAGCCUCCUGCUGCUCGGAGGAAUCGUCAUGGGCUUGGUGUGUGUGGGUAUCACUUUCUACCAGACCCUGUGGGCGCACAGAAGACGCCGGCGGUGCCGCCAUCAGAGGGCAGAGGAAGCGUCAUCCUGCUCUUCAGCGGCACACACCACCUUCAACGUGCCGGCCAUCGUAGUGGAGGACGUGCGAGGCAAAAGGAGGUCUUCACUGGAUGGCUCCGAGUCAGCCAAGACCUCCUUGCAGAUGACCAACCUCAUCAGCGCUAUAGUCUUCCUGUACGACACACUCACUGGGGUGCCUAUCUUGGUUGUGAGCUUUUUUAGCCUGCGCUAUGAUACGGCCCCCACCUGGAUGGUCCUGGCUGUGCUCUGGUGCUCCAUGGUGCAGACCCUGCUGCUUCCAUCGUUCAUCUGGUCCUGUGAGCGCUACCGAGCAGAUCUCCGCACCGUGUGGGAGCAGUGUGUGGCUAUCAUGUCUGAGGAAGACAGCGAUGAUGAUGGUGUGUGUGACGAUUAUGGCGAUGGCAGGAUCUGCAAAGUGAGAUUUGAUGCGAACGGUGCUGCAGCCGUGAAGCGGGACUCCCGGGACAUCAAGCUGCUACCCAUGCACCACAUGUUGCUGCCCCAGGACAAGGUCCACUACCUGCAGGUCCCUAUUUCCCGGAGAAUGUCACACGAUGAGACUAACAUCUUCUCUGCCCACCGCUCCACUCCAUCCUUCCUACACAAAUGGUCUUCAUCUGACGACAUCCGGAUUCCCACCACCCGCAAGCCUGGAGGCCCCGGCUUCUUGCCUCCUCAGCUGCAGGACUACCAGCACCGCCGGCGGCUCCCAGAAGAUGAGCUGACGACCCUGCGGCAGUUUCUGGAGGGGGGGCUGCUGCCCCGGGGCUCCAGCUCCAGCGCCUGCUUCUUCCGAGAUGAGAUCACGACAUUCAUCGACGAGACGCCGCAGCCCAGCCCAGCCUGCAGCCCACGGCACUCCCGCCUCCUGCUCGCGCCGCGCCGUGAACGCAGCCUCUCCCUCUGCAGCAGGGAGGAGAACGCUGAGCGGCCUCGGCGCUGCUCCCUGGCUGCCAACGAAGCCUGGCAGCUGCAGGAUGGAGAGCAGGCACCGCUGGAAGGGACCCUUGAGGCUUGCGAGGCACAGACCUUCCAGGAUCCCAAACUAUGAGAGACAGCGUCAGAAACAUUCAGUGCCAUCACGAUUUUUAAAUAAAGUUUCAAGCGUUCCCUUUGUCCCAGGACCCAAUCACUAACGCGCAUUCUCAUCUUUCUCGCCAGCAGGCAGGAAAUGCGGCACCCCACACUGAUGGGGGGGAAAAAGAAGUGGGACAGACAGACGUGCAGGAGGGAGCGCAAUGGAGGGACGAACUGACAGACAAACAGCCUGUGCCUGCUCUCAGGUUACAAACACACCCUCCCCACCGCCACCACCACUGGGCACCCUCGCCAGCCCCGUCCCUUUGUGAACUCCACCCCCGCAUCCGCUCUGCCCUGGGAGACAAGGCAGGCGCAGAAUGGUAUUAAAAUCCUACAU